UCGUGAAUAUCGAGAACAUAAUUAGAGGAAAAUCAUUAUAUCGUAGAAACUUUAAUCGGAGCGCGCGCGCCUCAAAGCGGAUCCAUGAGUUUGGACCAAGUCGGUACUUCUGCAUAGAACCGGUAUUUCCCACAAUGAUGCUCUCCCUCCUGUGGCGCUGUGCCUCUGUCCUACUGGUCCUGUCAUGCUGCCUUAUGGGAGUGACAUCAUCACUGAACCUGGAGGACCCUAAUGUCUGCAGCCACUGGGAGAGUUACUCAGUCACUGUGCAGGAGUCGUACGCACACCCGUACGAUCAGGUGUAUUACACCAGCUGCACUGACAUCCUCACAUGGUUCAAGUGCACACGUCACAGGGUGAGCUACAAGACGGCAUACCGAAGAGGAAACAAGACCAUGUACCGCCGCAAGUCUCAGUGCUGCCCAGGUUUCUAUGAGAACAAAGAGAUGUGUGUUCCACACUGUGCUGAGAAAUGUGUGCACGGCCGCUGCGUGGCCCCCAACACCUGUCAGUGUGAACCCGGCUGGGGAGGAGCCGAUUGCUCUAGCGCAUGUGACAGUAGUCACUGGGGUCCUCACUGCAGUAACCGGUGUCAGUGUAAAAAUGGAGCGCUGUGUAACCCCAUCACAGGCGCUUGUAUCUGCACAACUGGCUACCGCGGCUGGCGGUGUGAGGAGCGCUGCGAGCCGGGCACCUAUGGAACAAACUGCCAGCAGAAAUGCCAAUGUCAAAACAAUGCCACCUGCCACCACGUCACAGGGGAGUGCACAUGCAGCCCUGGCUAUACUGGAGCAUUUUGUGAGGAUCUGUGUCCUCCAGGCAAACAUGGGCAGCAGUGUGAGGAGCGUUGUCCCUGCCAGAACGGUGGAGUGUGUCAUCACGUAACCGGAGAAUGUUCCUGUCCUGCUGGCUGGAUGGGAACAGUGUGUGGACAGCCCUGUCCCAAGGGUCGCUUUGGUAGGAACUGCUCUCAGGAGUGUCAGUGUCACAAUGGAGGAACCUGCUCUUCCUCGACAGGAGAGUGUUUUUGUAGUCCAGGCUAUACUGGGGAGAGGUGCCAGGAUGAAUGUCCGAUUGGCAAGUAUGGCGUGAACUGUCGCCAGACAUGUCGCUGUGAAAAUGGAGCCAAGUGCUACCACAUUAGUGGUGCUUGUCUGUGCGAGCCGGGUUACACAGGCGAGAUAUGUGAAACCCGCAUCUGUCCAAAGGGCAUCUAUGGCCACAAGUGUGACAAAAAGUGCCCAUGCCAUGUCCCGAACACCCAAAGCUGCCACCCUGUAUCAGGUGAGUGCUCGUGCCAGCCUGGUUGGUCAGGUAUCUACUGUAAUGAGACGUGUGCACGAGGCUUCUACGGUGAGGAGUGCCAGCAGGUAUGUCAGUGCCAGAAUGGUGCAGACUGCCACAGUGUGACAGGAGAGUGUAUCUGCGCGCCAGGCUUUCAGGGUGCAGAUUGCUCUAUACGCUGUCCAGCAGGGAUGUAUGGAGUUAAUUGCUCCUCUGCUUGCACUUGCAAGAAUGGAGCCACGUGUUCACCCGUGGAUGGAUCCUGUACAUGCAAAGCAGGCUGGCAUGGAGUGCACUGCUCUAUAAACUGCCCCAGCGGUACGUGGGGACUCGGCUGUAAUCUCACCUGCACGUGUGGGAACGGUGGAGCUUGUAACGCUCUAGAUGGCCAGUGCACCUGUGCUCCAGGCUGGAGAGGUGAACGAUGUGACAUGCACUGCCAGGAUGGGACGUAUGGCAUGGAUUGUCGAGAGCGCUGUGACUGCAGUCAUGCUGAUGGUUGUCACCCUGUAACUGGGCACUGCCGCUGUCUCGCAGGCUGGACAGGGAUCCACUGUGACAGUGUGUGUGCUGAGGGUCGCUGGGGGCCAAACUGCUCUCUGCCCUGUAACUGUAAGAAUGGAGCGUCUUGCUCACCUGAUGAAGGCACGUGUGAAUGUGCUCCUGGAUUCAGAGGCACCACCUGCCAACGCAUCUGUUCCCCGGGUUACUUUGGGCACCGUUGCAGUCAAACAUGUCCUCAGUGUGUGCACAGUAAUGGCCCCUGUCAUCAUGUGACAGGCCAGUGUGACUGUUUCCCUGGAUUUAAAGGAGCUCUUUGCAAUGAAGUGUGUCCCAGUGGCAAGUUUGGGAAGAACUGUGCCUGGACUUGCACCUGCACCAACAACGGCACGUGUAACCCCAUCGACGGCUCAUGCCAGUGUUACCCAGGCUGGAUUGGCAGCGACUGCUCGCAACCUUGUCCUCCUGGUUACUGGGGCCCAAACUGCAUCCACACAUGUAACUGUCAUAAUGGAGCAUACUGCAGCGCAUAUGAUGGAGAAUGCAAGUGUACACCAGGGUGGACGGGCCUUUACUGCACACAACGCUGUCCGUUAGGUUUCUAUGGUAAAGACUGUUCCCAGAGCUGUCAGUGUCAAAAUGGUGCAGACUGUGACCACAUCUCUGGUCAGUGUACCUGCCGCAGAGGCUUCAUGGGACGACACUGUGAACAAAGAUGUCCUCCUGGUACAUACGGUUUUGGCUGCCGGCAGGUCUGCGAAUGCCUAAAUAAUUCCACUUGUGAUCACAUGACUGGGACAUGCUACUGCAACCCAGGCUGGAAGGGAUCCCGGUGUGAUCAAGUUGGUGUAAUCAUCGUAGGCAACCCUAACAGUCUGACCAGUGCAGCAGUUCCAGUUGAUUCCUAUCAGAUUGGUGCCAUUGCUGGAAUUAUUGUCCUGGUGCUGAUGGUCCUCUUCCUCCUGCUCCUCUUUAUCAUUUACCGAAAAAAGCAGAAGGGAAAAGAGCCUACGAUGCCUUCCGUAACUUACACCCCUGCCAUGCGGGUCAACACAGACUACACCAUUGCAGAUACAGUGCCACAGACAAAUGAGGUUCCUCCCAACAGUAACUACUUCUCCAACCCCAGCUAUCACACACUGGCCCAGUGCACCAGCCCACCUCAUGUCAACAACCUGCCUUAUGGAAAACAGGCGAAGAACAACCAGUUGUUCGUGAACCUGAAGAAUAUGGAGCAGAGAAAGAGGCCUUCUCUGAUGGAGCACACUGGAACAUUGCCUGCUGACUGGAAACAGGGCAGCUGCUUCAAUGAGCUUGGAGCGUAUGGAGUUGACAGGCGUUACCUUGGAAAAUCUCUUCGAGAUCUGGUGAAAGGCGUGCCCUACCACUCCAGUUCCUGCUCCCUGAACUCAGAGAACCCUUAUGCCACAAUCAAAGACCCUCCUCUCCUGGUGCCCAAGAACACAGAGUGCGGCUACGUAGAGAUGAAGUCGCCUACACAGAGAGACACUCCCUAUGCAGAGAUACACAACUCCAGUCCUGCAAACAAAAAUGUAUAUGAAGUUGAACCGACAGUUAGUGCAGUCUACACAUCUGCCAACAACUGCAACGGACCAUUUGGCCAGGAUCUGUAUGACCUACCAAAGAACAGCCACAUCCCUUGUCAUUAUGACCUGCUGCCCACGCGAGACAGCACGCCAUCCCCACACAAAGAGCUGGAAAAUGAAUGAGCUCUUAGAGACCUGACCAAAACACACCAUUCCCACUGCAAUAAACACACCUUCUGUGGUUCCUUCAGCCUCACUAGUGGCUUAUUAUACACUUCCUGCAUAUCUCCACAUUCCGUAUACUACUUGUUUGUAU